GUAACAAAACCAUUUUGGCUGUUCUCUCAUGAGUGGCAAGGGAUGGCUUUAGGAGUCUUGGCACAACAGUUGGGACCACACAAAAGAGUCGUAGCCUAUUUCUCCAAGCAACUGGAUGAAGUAAGCAAAGGAUGGCCCAGUUGUCUGAAAGCAGUGGUCGCAGUGAUCAUAAACAUAGAAGAGGCCAGAAAACUCACGAUGGGCCAGAAAAUGACUGUGUUGGUGUCCCACACUGUGUCCGCAGUACUAGAACAGAAGGGUGACCAUUGGUUGUCGCCUUCCAGAUUCCUAAAGUACCAAGCAAUCCUAGCUGAGUCAGACGACAUAACCAUUCAAGUAACUAACAUUGUGAAUCCAACCACAUUUCUAGAAGGAAGGAUGUCAGCAGAACCAAUCGAGCAUGACUGCCUGGAAACUAUCGAAGCAGUCUACUCCAGCCGCCCGGAUCUCAAAGAAGAGUCAUUUGAAGAUGCAGACAACUGGUUCUCUGACGGCAGUAGCUUCGUGAAGCAAGGAGUAAGGAUGGCAGGCUAUGCAGUGACCACAACGGAAGAGAAUCUUUUAGGAAAACCCCUACAAGAGAAGUGGGAGGGACCUUUCCAAGUGCUGCUGACUACCUUCACCGCGGUUAGGAUCAAGGAGCGACCUACAUGGAUCCACUAUUCUCGAGUCAAGAGAGCUCCGGAAGAUAAGCAAGAAGACCCAACAUCAUGAAUCCGACUCCCUUCCAAACCCUUUCAACAUUGACCAUUGGACUUUUGAUAAGUAUUGUUUUGUCCC